UAGUCUGGCUGUUCAUGUGACAUUAUUAUUAUCUACAUAGGGCCCAGACUUGCUCUUUCUUAUUGCCUGCAGCACGAUGUUUGUUCAGACUGGGCAUUGUGAAGUGUAAACCCAGGUCCCACUGGCACCAGCACUCACCUCUGCCUUUUCUAGAAGCAGAUCAGUCCAUAAUGCCUGAGGUGCGAGACCUCUCCGAUGCCUUGCCUGACCUGCCGAUGGAUCCCAUCACGGGGGUUGGCGUGGUCGCGUCCCGGAGCCGAGCACCGACAGGAUACGAUGUAGUUGCACAAACAGCAGAUGGCUUGGAUGCUGACCUCUGGAAAGAUGGCUUAUUUAAAUCCAAGGUCACACGGUACCUGUGCUUCACCAGAUCAUUUUCAAAAGAAAAUAGUCAUUUAGGCAACGUCUUGGUUGAUAUGAAGCUCAUUGAUAUCAAGGACACUUUACCUGUGGGCUUCAUCCCCAUCCAGGAGACCAUCGACACACAAGAAACAGCUUUCAGAAAGAAGAGGCUGUGCAUUAAGUUCAUCCCUCGGGAUUCUACAGAGGCAGCAAUCUGCGACAUCCGAAUCCUGGGGAGGUCUAAGCAAGCUCCUCCUCAGUACACAUUCAUAGGGGAGCUGAACAGCAUGGGCAUCUGGUACCGGAUGGGUCGAGUGCCGCGCAACCACGACUCCGCACAGCCUGCAGCUCCUCCUGCCCCAGCACCCACUCCCACACCUGCUCCCAACCUGCCCAGGCACAUCUCGCUGACGCUCCCAGCCAGCUUUCGGGGGAAGAGCCACAGCACCCGCCUAGACCUGGAGCACCAGCACUCCAACCUCUAUGCCAUCUCAG